GCUCCAGCAUCCUGAUUAUUGUGGCCGCCUUGGCGGCCCUCUGCCUCCUCCAGAACGCUUUUGUCAGCCCCAGCAGCCAGAACCUGCGUGGAGAGGUCUCUCAGGAUGUCGCCAAGGCUGCCGCAGUGGGAGCUGUGCUGGCCACUCCGGAGGCCGCGCACGCCCGGCUGCCCGAGGAGUUCGUGAUCUUUGCCCCGAUCGUGGAUGUGCUCCCAAUCCUCCCGAUCUUCUUCUUCUUGCUGGCAUUCCUGUGGCAGGCGGCCGUCGGCUUCCGCUGA